AGAAUUUGCAGCGCCAGACGGGAAGCUAAGUGAGCAUAAUAAAAGAGCAGCGAGAAGAAAAGGGACGCAGGGUGCAUAUGGGACUUAUUACAACAAGGAAACGGCAGAUUUGCGCCGCGAGGACCAACAGCCCACUUCACUGAUGAGGUCCAAAGCAGCCGUCGGAUAGGAGUGACCUGCCCUCACGAAAGGUGCACAGCACGCCUGCAGAAGCACAGGCCCGCUCUCCCCUGUUCCCUGCAGGAUCUGGUCCUGUUCUCCACGAUUUCCGCUUGAGUUUGUCCCCAGGAUAAUUCAAAACUGUUUCUCCUACGCUUCUACCAAAAACUUAGACUGUUUUCCAAAGCAGAAUCGGCCCAGCCCUCCCAGGCGGAAGCGAUGGGGAGUGUGCGAAGCCACCGUUACAGCAUUGUGUCCUCCGAGGAAGAUGGCAUGAAGCUGGCUGCUAUUGCCGUCCCGAAUGGCUACGGAAAUGGCAAUGUCAACAAGGUGCACACAGAGCACCAACAUCAGAGCCGCUUUGUCAGGAAGGAUGGCCACUGCAAUGUGCAGUUUAUCAAUAUGAGUGAGAAGGGCCAGCGGUACCUGGCAGAUAUCUUCACCACCUGCGUGGACAUCCGCUGGCGCUGGAUGCUGCUCAUAUUCUGCCUUUCUUUCCUGCUGUCAUGGUUGUUUUUUGGCUUUGUGUUCUGGGUAGUGGCACUCUCUUACGGGGACUUAGAGAAUGAGACUCAGAUGUGUGUCUCCAAUGUGGACAGCUUCACCGCUGCUUUCUUGUUUUCAGUGGAGACACAAACCACUAUUGGCUAUGGUUAUCGCUAUGUGACAGAGGAGUGCCCUGUCGCUGUCUUCAUGGUCGUCUUCCAAAGCAUUGUGGGCUGCAUAAUUGAUGCUUUCAUCAUCGGUGCUGUCAUGGCCAAGAUGGCCAAGCCCAAAAAGAGGAAUGAGACCCUAGUGUUCAGCCAUUAUGCCACAGUGGCCAUGAGGGACGGUAAACUUUGUCUGAUGUGGCGCGUGGGAAACCUGAGGAAGAGUCACCUGGUGGAGGCCCACGUCAGGGCCCAGCUACUCAAGUCCCGCACCACCGCAGAGGGAGAGUUCAUCCCCCUGGAUCAGGUAGACAUUGAUGUAGGCUUUGACAGUGGCAUCGACAGAAUCUUCCUGGUGUCUCCAAUCACCAUUGUGCACGAGAUUGAUGAGGACAGCCCGUUCUAUGAGAUGAGCAAACAGGAUUUGGAGACAUCAGAGUUUGAGAUCGUUGUGAUUCUGGAGGGCAUGGUGGAAGCUACAGCCAUGACAACUCAGUGUCGGAGCUCCUAUGUGGCCAGCGAGAUCCUCUGGGGCUACCGCUUCGAGCCGGUGCUCUUUGAAGAAAAGAACUACUACAAAGUGGACUACUCUCGCUUUGACAACACCUACGAGGUGCCCAGCACACCCCACUGUAGUGCCAGGGAACUAGCAGAGAAAAAAUCCGACGCCUCCAGCUCGAGGAACUCCUUUUGCUACGAGAACGAGGUGGCACUCGAAAAAGUCGAGAUGGAGGAGGAGUUCGACGAGGAGGAAAACAGGGAGAUAAGGGGUGCUGAGGUCUGUGCACUCGAGGACACAAACACAGACAUGGUGUCAGACUCUGAAUGCAAUCUGGACUCUUUGCCUUUAGAAUCAAGGCCUUUGACAGCAGAAUCAGAAAUAUGACUGCAGGGGUGAAGAAGGGUACCACAGUGAUCAAACUAGCUUGAAUUUGGUCCCGAUUGCUGUUGUUUAUUAUGCAUGACAGUUUGUAAAAGACUGUGAUUAGAGUAUGAAGUUCUCUAUGCAGAAGCUCACGCACAAGACACCAUGGGAAUCCAGACAUGUUAUACUGUUUUUGGUGAAAGUGGUGAUAAAUGAACUGGUUGCAUAGAGCCUGAGGGACAAAAUGGGCUAGACGCCUUCACUUCUACUUAGUGCAGUCUUCCCUCCUUAAUAUAUUUCAGCAGAAUAGCCAAUUGGGUUCAGAGAAAUUGCUAUGUUUACAAGAGAAAUACAGUUUCUAAUUAAUUUAUGUGCAGUUUGCACAUUUUGCAUUGAGCAUCCUGGUAAUAAUAGGUCUUAUUUUGAGGCCUAAUUGCACAUAAGAUGGUGACUGGCUUAAAUAAUUAAAUAUAGAUUCAAAAAAAAGAUUUGAACCUGAAACUUUGAGAUUUGCCAACCAAAAUUUGAAUAUAUUUUUACUAAUUAUAAGGUCAAGAAUCUUGUUUUAAAGGCUCCUAAAAAACAGGCUAUUGUUUGUUAAUGAGCUGGUCUCUUAGCAAAGUAUAUUUACAGCCCUGUUCGGCGUGGUGGUCUUGGUGUUGUUCUCAUGGCGUGACGCAGGAAAGAGAUGUCUCGCACAGAUUACGAGCACAAGUACACUACGCUCCUCAACCCAUUAUCUCGUCGAAGUAUAGCAUCUUUUGCAACGUGUGCCUUUACAAAAGUCUCAGUACUGGUGGAGGCACUCUGAGCACACACUGCAAUAGAUGUCACAGGAAGAAGAAGCACUAAGAGGUGAUUUACUGUGCAGUAUACUGACACUCCUUGCGGGUUUUCAUGUUCUGAUGUGCAAUACAGUCAGUGGUGGAGCGUGACAGGUACCCUGAGCCGAGGUUACGAAUGUUGAUGAUAAGUGCUGCUAAGUUACAUAUUGUACGUUUAGAGGGAAAUCUAGAAGCCAAAAUGUAUUAUUUGUCUUUUAAAGUAUCCAUUUUGAAGAUGCAGUCUAUAAUGUUAUUUCUAGAUGUAGACGAGCAUGAUCCUGUCAGUGUGUUUUCCAAAGCUUUAGUGCACUUUCUUUUCCUCACCAGAGAAUUUACCCCCCCAGAACAGUAGUAACUGUUUAAUAACCCAAAGCCAAAUGUGUACAUAUAUAUAGGAGACAACAACCGUAACUCAUCUGUUAGUUGAUGUUGAUUUAAAACCCUAACUGUUCCUCAUCUAACAGUGACUGCUGGCUGUUGAAACACUGAAUUAGUUGAUUUUGACUUUAGUCUGCUUUAUAUUAACAUCAGUGUUCUUGGUGCUGCAGACGUGCAGAAUUUGGACACAUGUUACCACUGCGGGUGAAGUUUGUUGUUUCUAAAUGGACCCAUGCUUUCUAAAGAUCAAGUCCGCUGAUUAAUAAUACAGUCACAAUGUAGCACACUUGACUUCAGUCUUACACAAGAUUGAGCUUUAAUGUUUUUGAGCAGUUAUUGUGACACAUUCUUGCUUGGAUCAGUGGAGGCCAGAACACUGUACUGCUUCUCUGGUAAGGAAAUCAUUAAGGGUCCAGUGUGUAUGAUUUAGGGGCAUCUAAUGGUAGAAAUGGUGCAUAAUAUUCAUAGUUAUGUUCUCAUUAGUAUGCAACAAUCUAAAAAUAAGAAUAGUGAUUUGUUACAUCAGAACGAGCCGUUUAUAUCAACAUACAGAGCGGGCCCUCUUCCACAGAGUUUGCCAUGUUGUUUCUACUUGAGCCCAGACUGGACAAAUCAAACACUAGCUCUAGAAAGGACCAUUCGCAUUUUUGUGUCCACCACCGAGAAGUUUCAGUUGUGCAAACUAACUGCCAGAUGCCACGUAAUCCUACACACCAGACCUUUAAAUGAAACCAUUUUAUCUGUUCUCACAUUGAAAAUUCUCCUGUCUUAGGUCUUUAUUUUUCUACCAGGGUCCUCCCACCUUCCUGCACAAACCAGAGACUGUACAGAUUUUUUUUAUCUU